GAUGGCUCGCAGAUGACUCCCGUGAGCUCGCCCAGUAUGUCCAUGUCGAAAAAUCGUCGAAGGUAUUAUCGUUCGAGAUAAUCCUUCUUGCCGAUUCGCAUUUUCAAUACAAUAUUUAUCUUUACUUUGAAUUUUAUUGUCAAAAUUAGAACGUAACUGCGAUCUAAUGUAUUCUGCUGACACGUGAGAGUGAGCCUAUUGGAUCAUCACAAUGGGAACCAGAUACGCAUCAUACAGUUUAAAGCUCGCUAGUCUACAUGAUGCUUAUCAAAGGCUACUUUAUGGGUCUCAGCCUAUACCUUCUGGUUUAGACAUUGCAAACAUAUUGAAAUAUUUUUCCCAAACCUUGUUAUGUCUUUUAAAAGAAUCAUCCGUGUCGCCAUUCGACAUGAUCAAAUCGCAACAGCUCGAUGGAGAACGAAUGGCAUUGUUCCCAAAUUUGGAUUACAGACAGCUUUACAACGCGUUGACGCAGAUGAUCGAUGUUGUGCCGUUGAUUCACAUCGGCCUGCCAGCGUUCGGGAAAGCCUUGCUGCAAUGUCUAGCGUGCAUGUUGCUAUUCCUCGAUCACGAUCUGAUCGAUAAUUUAUCGUACUUAACUGCCAGUACGAUAUCGGUACUUCCCGUGGAGCUGCAUGAAGAAAUCGUCAAUUAUCUCUGUUUUUACAUUUUACCGUUCACCAUCACGAGGAAACCCGAAAUUGGAGACGAGAGUGCCGCUAGUCAAUCAGUGGCCGCUGUUAUAAUGAUGGUGUUUCAGUAUUCCAAUAAUCCAGCACAUCACUGUCAACUGCUGGAGUGUUUAAUGGCCCUGAAGCCGGGAGUCGUGAAAGACAUACUUUGCGUUAUCGCCUACGGCACCGCGUCGGCGAGAGCGUCAGCUGCGAAAUUGCUAUUUUAUUAUUGGCCUUCGUUUAAUCCAAAUCUGUUCGAUCGCCGCGCGGUGUUGGUAAAAUUUGCUAACGAUUUCACCCCGUUCGUGUGCCAACGGGAUAGCUGUCCGAAUGCCGGCAAUGCGGAAGCUGCGAAAGUCUGUUACAAUCAUCACAUUUCCAUCACGUACGCCGUUGAGUGUCCACCUCCCUUGUACCUUUGUAUCGAAUGCGCAAACGAGAUUCAUCGCGAGCAUCCGAAUCAAAUGUUUAACGACAUUUUGCAUCCGAUGCAACAGGUGUCCAUGAUCUGCGAGAACAAGAAUUGCAGGGGGGCGGACAAAUCGGCUAUUAGCGUUUGCUUUUCGACGGAAUGCGCUAGCUACAAUGGAAACCAUCCCAUAAGAUAUUGCCAGCAGUGCCACAGUAUCCGUCAUAACAAUCGUCGUGGCGGUGAUCACGUUUAUCACAUGGCACUUCUGCACAUCUCGCAGCUGGACCCGCAAACGCAAACUUACAUGGUUCAAGCGAUCGUCAGUUUGCUCAAAGAGGCUGAACCAAUAAGUAUCGAUAGCAAUCGAGAUACGACAGAUAUAAGUGCUAGUACUAGCAAUAAAGGUAUGGGAUUCGUAGGAAGUAGCAGUGGCGGAAGCGGUGCCGGCGGUAUCGGGAGUACGUUCGGUCAUUGCGAUCCUACGAGCCUGGAGGAACGACAGCUCCUCGGCAGAUAUGGCGUAUGGCUGCUAGUGGGACUUUGUACCCCUAACGAGGAUACCCCGGUUGAAAUACUGGGCCGUUUAUUAUCAAUGUUAUUUCAUUGGUUUCAUGUCACUGCCUACUGUUUCGAUGGUAUUGAAAAAAGACUUAUACACCUUAUCUUUUCUGUUGGCCAAGCGGAAAGCGCCCUCGAGAAGUUAAAAACGGAGUACGUUUGCGACUGGCUCUCGGAAGUUAUGAAAACGCAUUAUGAAGUAUUCAUUUCCUGUCUUCUACCACAUCCCGCGGAUUAUGUCAGGGUCGGAGGUCAUUGGGAAACCUUGGCUUCACGGACGUCGCAUUUGAAAGAUGGACUGCACCGGCUGUUCUGUCUGGUACCGUACGAAGUGAUUACCCCCGACGUGUGGGAUUACGUGAUGCCGCAUUGGAUGGAAGCGGUGGUAAAUGACGUUCCGGAAAAUGAACUCCAGGAGCUAAAGAUAAUAUUGAGCAAGAUCUUGGAUCGGGACAUGAACUCUUUGGGAUUUGACGUGAAGAAAAUGUAUAACUUUAUAGCGAAACGAUUCGUCAAUACGAGCGCCAAGGUGCAAGAACAGGCCCUUAACUGGUUGCAAACGCUUACUAUGCUGGAAAUAACGUUACCCCUGGAUCAAUUGUUUUCGAUAUUCAGCGACGGAGUUGCCGUUAUGCAGACGAUGAGCACGGCGGAAUCGGAAUUACAACCAAGCAAAUCUACAAAGGAAGACGACGCAAAUAUUACAUGUCCCAUAGUGGAGAAUGAUUCCGGAAAAUCAACACCACUUUCCGACGAUGUAGUGCCAACACCGAGACACAUGGAGUUCACGACGAACGCGGAACUUAAUUUAUCAUGCUGUAUUCUCAUGCUUGAUAUACUAUUGAAACAGAUGGAACUACAAAAUGUAGACAAGCAUACCGGAAUCAAUACAAAGGUUUGCCGAGACGCUUGUCAUUUAAUGAAGUCCAUAGUUGCGUCCAACUGGAACAGUUCUCACGUCUGCGAGACAUCAGACGUCGAAUGCUCUUAUUGCGAGUCGAGGGUAAUCUGGCAUCAACUAUGUCUACAAUUGAUCACUUACUUGGCACCGGAAAAUCCAGCGUAUCCUCCGGAUACAAUCGUGGAUGAAAGCGCGGAGGAGAACGCGCGUAAAAGUUCGCCGGAAACGACGAGAAAGGGCGAUUCGAAACCAGACGUAGUUAUCAACAUGCCUGUGCCGGAGAUGCAUUCUGUUGGCGGAGUCUUAGUUCAUAUGCCACACAUUAUGACAGCGACAGUAGAGACAGUUUCGGAACAGCUGGACCUCGCAGCUAUCAUGCCAACGGAGAAGAUUAUGUCCGCCGUCGCGAGAACGGUUACGCUAUCGGAAACAGACGUCGCAACCGCAACGGUGAGCGUGGCGAAACCACAUCUGAUAGGCGAAAACGACGAACCCGUCAGCUUAAGUCCGGAGGCUGAUUCAGAAGACUUUUGGCACACCUCCGUAGGAAAGUUUCGAUUCACGAUAGAAGAACUACCGGAACAGCUUCAAUACAUUCACAAACUAUUGAAGGAGAUAAUGACGAUCGACAAACCAGACAUUCUUUACUACAUGCUGCAGUGCUUGAAUGUGAUGUGCUUGUACGGCGACGCGUUUAAUACAGCGGUGAAGGAUCAUCAAGGAUUCUUUAUAUGGUGCCAAGAGAAUUUAUUAAUAAAAAACUUAUGGGAGCUCCUAAACGCAGAGCAUUCGCAUAUAGCACAAGUGACUGUUCCGUUGUUAUUACAUUGUGUAACGUUACCCUGCGGCACUGAUACUUUCUGGCGGCUUGUACAAGAAGAAUUUCACAAUUCCGAUUGGCGCGUUAGAUUCGUCGCAGUCGAACGUGUCACGUUAAUCGCGAGAUUUAUGGACUCGACGCCAUUGCGAAACAUAUUGAGUCUUCAAGCUGCAUUAGCAAAUGCGUUCUGUUACUUAAUAACGAGCAUGGACGACAAUAAUGUGUACGUUGCGCAGCGUGCUACCUUGUAUCUUGGUACUAUUCAUGAUACAGCAAUUAGGUCGUUAAUUUUGUGCUUGGAAACACAAUUCGAUUCCGUAAUCGUCGACCGGCCAAUGGUAUUGCAAUCGCUUUAUCAACUACACAAUAGUCUUAGUGAUCGGCGUAUCUUGACGUGGGAAUUUUUCUUGAAUCGAUUUGACACGCUGUUUCUCGAGGCUCAAAUCAAUUUGGAGAAGUCGGGAGAUGUGGCUUACUUGCGCGAUCUAAAGAAUACGGAUAUGAACAGCGAGGUGUUCAUGAAGAAAUUGCAUCGCGCACACGAAGCGUUAUCUCAGUCCGACGGUAGCGGGACCAGUUCCGUAAAGACGCUGAGCGCGAGUUUCGGCACCAAGUGGCCUUACAAGCGUACGAUGUCCGCGCCCGCGUCGAUGAUACCUCGACAAGACACCAAGCAAGAAAAGGAAAAGGUGUACAGCCGACAGUAUUCCGCGCCGAUCUUGAAAAGGAAGAGCUCGAGAUUCGGACUGGGUCAGUUGCUGGGGUCUACCCCACCUAAUAACAGUAUUCCAGAUGGUCACGUACAUUCGUUGAACAUGGUCGACGAAGCUAGCACGUUACCAGGAUAUACUCACAAAAUCGUAGAUCUUGAAGAAGCAGAUAAAGAAACUAUGCAUCUACUAGUUUUCCUCUUAAUGCAGUUUUUAUCACGACAGGAUCAGGCUUAUCCGACGGACGAGAAGCCAAUGUCGAAAACACAGGGUAUAGUAUUGCGGCACUUGUAUCUUCUUCUGGGAUACAAUCAGACUGAGCGCAUUUUCCAUACCACUCCGCAACGUUUAAGGCUUUCGCCGGCGUUUAACGUAUUCAUUGCCAAUUUGCCGCAACUGUUAGACCAGAAUCAUGUGAUGGGCUGGCUGAUGACGCCGCCAAUUCUGGCGAUAUUACAAUAUUGCCCUUACCCUCCGCAAACUAUACCUCCCGCAACCACCGAUCAUCAGCCUCCGAAUUACAGUCUUUGGUACUUGGAGCCACACAUCAGGCGAUCUUGGCUGAUGUCUCUGCUCGUUAUCUUAUACAAGUGUCAGUACGGGCAACAGCCAUGGUGUAAUCAGCUUCAAGCGUUAGUGAAGAUAGUGUUGAAUACCCUCAGUACUCAACAUCAUCAGUGCAGAAGGAUACCAGCAACUAUAGUUAUGGGUGCGCCGCCUUCCAGAUCUCGUGAUGUGUCUCAACCUUCGCUCGGAGUAGAACACGAGUUGACAACGAACACGAUGGGAGAAAUAGAUACGGAGACCCCGCCGAUGCGCGCAAUCCCGGUACAUCAACGCAGCCCCGGAGGGAUGCAUGGCCAAAUGGAAACCCAUUGGGAAGAGAAUAACAGUCCAGCUUGUCGCUAUUUUAACAAACAUUAUACCAGCUAUUCGAUCAAUGCGGAUGAUACGGAGUCUGAGCUGGCAGCGAUCCCUGAGAGCCCAAAAUCUGACAGCACCUUACAUGGCAGCAGCGGAGGAUCCCUUGGGGAAUUGGAGGAAACGGUUCCUAGAAACGCAUCUCUAGAACCACGCAUGUCGAUCGUUUCGGAUGGAACGAGUAUGGUCGAAUCGAAUAACAAAAAUAUUAACAAGCCAAAGACGGAUUCCGUGAUGAAGCCUGUAUGGUUCUUGGGUGGAAACGAAGAGGAAGUUAGUCAGGGAAAUAAAGGUGGCCCUCAAAAGAAAUGGAGCGUGUACGAAGGAGUGAAAAUGAUGGUAACAAGCACAUUUCUUACUGGACAACAGGACUCUUCAAGACAUUUGCCUAAAACAGCUGUGCCGUCGAUGAAAAACGGUAAAGGACACUUGCCUUACAAUGGAGACACACCAAAGACAUAUGAUUUAUCGAGCGCUUUAGCUAUCGCAACCAGCAUUUCUCAUUUUCAAAGAUCCGAAUUGCCAAAGGUAAAGGAGACGGAAAAGACUAAGAAAGAAAAGGAGAAAGAAAAGGAAAAGGAGAAAGAGAAAGAGACGGAGAAGAGAAAGGAGAAGGAAGUGGAAAUGGAAAUGGAGAAUGAAAAAGAAAAGGAGAAGGAAAAAGCGCUUGCGAAGGCUUCCGGGACUAUCAACAACGUCGAGCCUCUCGCGAAACAUUUAGGUAGACAGAAACAUGUGGAACAGAUCACAAUUACAGCGACAUCGCCGAUUUCACCUUGCCAAGUGAUUACAGUGACGAACAGCGAUAAUUCGAGCUCGCCAGCUUUGAGUUCCUCUAUAUCGUCGCAAGUCAUAAGUACAGAGAAUGGACAGCAAACGGGUGAUCCUCUUUCAAUAAGUCCGCAACCUUUGAUGACUACUCCGACCGUCGAACGAUUGCUUCCCAUUGGUACGACUGCUCGGACGACCGGAUCGCGAACUGCGCAACGUGUAUUAAGAUGCGAGGACACGUAUGGCUCUCCGGAAUCGCCAUUGUCAAAAAUGGACAUUCUGACAGUCAGUUCCUCGUUCGAGCAAGAUAGCGAGACUUGUUUGUCCAGCGAUAUUACGAGUCCGCAUAGCGUUUCCCAACUGGAAUUUCCAACGCCAGAACGAUUACUGCCGGUUGGUCCUCAGAGAGAUUUCCCCAGUUUAGUCGAGCGAGUACGUCAAGCGCUUAAUGUUUCAGAUAUCGAAGAUAAUAAGUCGAGCGAAGAUGCGAAGCGUGACGUACGCGAGCUGACACUCGUAAAGCAGGAUAGUGGGGGAUCUGACAAUAUGUCAACGUCACUCGUACCGACGUGCAAUGAGCUCGUUAAUUCGAGUAGAUCGCCAAGUCCGAGGAGGCUGAUUAAACAGGUGGCCUUGGAAUUGUCUCCGCCAGCGAUCGAUCCCGGAGAUUUCGUCUCGAAAAUAGCAGACUACGAUCAGAGGAUUAAAUCGAAGGAUCAAUUUCGGAUUCAACGUGACAGAGUGAGAAAGAUCAUCGCUAUAACGGAUCAAGAUACGGUUACUCACGCGAGGCGAGCGGAGUCCUGGUCGGGCACACAAGCCCAACAGAAUUUAGAUUAUGUCUCUCAACAAGCGUAUCAUGCGGAUUUCAAUUUAAAGCAGAGCUUAUUUCGCAUCGGCGAUGAUUGCGUUUAUGACAGGUGUUCGGAGUGCGGAACCAUAAGAGAAGAGUAUUCCGACGAAGAGCUCGGAUUGUGUAUAAUAACGUUGGGAACGUUCAUUCAUCGAGAGCCAUCUCUAGCGGCGCCGUUAUUGCCAGAAAUACUCGGCGUGGUUACCAAGGUUGCUCUUCACGCGAUGUAUCCCUGGCAAAGCGAGACGAAUAUGCACCUUCCAGGUGGUGCGGUCAGCGUAGCGCACCAAUUUCUCAGAUGCGUUCUCCAUCAAUUAGCGCCUAAUGGAGUGUUUAUGCAAAUGUUUCAGACUCAUUUGAAUGAAACGACAAGACUACAGUUUUUCAAAAGUGUUGCGCAAGCCUUGAUUGAUUUUAACGAAUUGAAUCCGAUCGCGCCUUUGCAGUUGUUGCUCGAGACGCUAAACAUGAAGAAGUCGUUGUCGCUGGAACGGCUGCCAAUAAUAUUAUAUAAUAUCGCGUGCUACUUGGAUUGUUUGCCAUUGGAAGCGGGAUUAGGUCCUGCUGCGGCUACAUGGAGUGGACUGCUGACACAGUUCGAUGGAUUAUUUCGAAGACUCGUUCUUAUGCUCCCUUCUAUCGAUGAUAUCACCCCUCUUUUGAGAAUAAUGAUUUCGAUAUUAAAAGUCCCAGGAAUUCAACAAUCGAAGGGAAUGCUGGAUCCAUUCUCCAAAGUAUUAAGUUACGCUAUACAAAACUCAACAUUGCAAUAUAAUUAUUUAACGGAUUUAUGCUACUUGUGCCAUAGAGGAUUUACUCGUGAUCGCGACAAACAUUUUUUCGGGAGAACGAUUGUGUUUGAAUUAAUUCAGGCAAUUAAAUUUAAAAUUACAAUACCGGACUCGAAUUUUUUGCUACUUCUUCAGUUUGUGCUCCAGGAUAUUGGAGGAUCCUUGCCUAAUAGUGUGUUUGCGAUGGAAAAUAAUAUUCAAGCAGACGUGUCGCCGAUCUACAACACCAAUGCCUCUGAAUCAUUAAAGAAUCAGUUGUCGGAUGUCCUCGAAUUUUUAACUGAUUUUCAUACUUUAAGCAAAAUUAAGAGUUACAGCAAAGGUAUGCAAGCGGGAUUAAACGAGGACACGAUAGGCGGGAUGCUAAAAUGCGGCCUCGCUCAAUACGUAGCUUUAGAAAUUACGAGAGGCAACAAUAGGGAAAACAGAGCUGUCGCGCGUUACUUGCCGUGGUUAUACACCGCACCGUCUAUAACGCAAGGAGCUCGCGAAUACGUUGAUUGCAUCGGCCACAUCAGACUCUUAUCCUGGCUGUUACUGGGAUCGCUUACGCACAUAGCUAUGUACACUGGCAACAAUAACAGUCAUUCUCAUUCAACGGUACCGUUGGCGCAACCGAUACCUCAAGAAGUAUCUUGCCACAUCGCGGAUCAUAUACAAGUCAUUUUCUCGGGGUUUCCAGAACAAUCGAAAAACUCAGUCCUCCAUAUGUCGUCGCUCUUCCACGCGUUCAUUCUCUGCCAACUUUGGACGAUGUAUUUGGAAGAAAUGUCGAAGAACAACGCGACGAACAGCGAAAGUCACAACAUCACCAUGAACAUCUUGUUAGAAUUUUGGGGCAAGAUAACGACGUGCAUUUUGCGACUUAUUGCUUCGUCGAAAGCUCUGUCUGAAAUGCUGAAUUUGCAUUUCUUAAGCUUGUUGGAGUCAUUGUUGGAAUGCGAAUCGAUUGUGCUGAGUAAAUUACUACCUCUAUGGAAUUCCAUAUUAUUUUCUCAUCAUGUACAGCUACCAGGGCACUUACAAAUGCGAUUGCAGAAUUGCCGCGAUUUCUCACCAAACAGAAUGGCGGAGCAUUUCAUUUCUAAUCGAAGAGAGUCAAACGCGAUUCUCCUACGAUGGUUACAUCGUUUGCAGUUUAAGAUGGGCCAAAUAGAAAUGCAAUCUUCUACCGCCACGCAAUUCUAUUCUAUCUAAAGAAAAAGGAAACAAAGAGCUUAAAAACCGUUUACAAGUUAGACGUCCUAUAUUGAUCAAAUGAGAUAAAAUAAGUAGAUCAAAUAAAAUGGGGCAUUGCAAAAGUAGUUCUUUAAAUUAUAACUAUUAUAAUUUUAAUAAAUCGUUAACAAAA